UCAAUCGAUGAGCCAAUCCGUUACAUAAUUAAAAAAUGGAAUCAUCUAUAAAUAAGUUAUCUCCAAUCGGUUUGGAGUGUUUUUGUGGGUUUCGCGUCGCAGUGCUUAACUUUCAUGUUGAUAAAACAGAGAUUAUCUAACCUCACAAAAUCGCAAAAAUGUCAAAAUUUUCGUAUCAUGCAUAAGAACCGUUUUCACUUACUCCGUUUCAAAUCACGUUAAUCACACAUCCCCCAAAAAAAAGGUAAAAAUUAAAACUAUCCAAUCGUCGAAAUCGAAAAACGACGGUUUCCCCUUAAAAAUGUACAAAGGUAAAAUCUCAUUAAAUAUGAUACCGGCGAAACCUAACCUCAUCCCGGAUAAAACUGCGCUUUUAACCAAAUUCAACAUCAACAACAUUAUACGAGAAUGCUUCAAGUUUUUAGAAAAAGGUAAGAGUGUCAGAAAUGGUUUAUUAUCAGUUCCGGAAACGUUAAAAAGUCAGUCAAUUAAUAUUAUGAGAUCAUGGACGCAUCAAUGUGAAUGCGUUUUGGCACAACGUUUAAGAAGGGGUCAACAAAUGUUCUUUUUGUAUACCCGUUUAUGGGAAGAACAUGCCUUAAGAGAUUUUAUGAAAAAAAUGCGUCAACAAGUUACAAAAAGGGGCACUGAAUUUGUUUUUGGGGCAAUGGGAAUCACUGCUUACAAUUGGGACCAAAAUCGUAUAUCCGAUGAUGAAAUUAAACAGCACACCAACGAAUUGGAUUAUAUACGUAAAUUACGAGGUAAAACGUUGACGUGUCAAACAUGUAGUAACAAAGCGGUUUUGCCUUGUUCUUGUCCAAGUAAUAAGAAAACUUAUAAUUCCUACGACGAUUGGACAGUUUUUAUCGAAAAGAAUGAUAUGAUCGUAUGGAGAAGGUUACGACCAUCAGGAAGUUACGAAUACAAAGUUUACGGAUCGUUUAACGAUGUUUGUGCGGAUGAUUUCUUAAAUGUACAAAUUGAUAUUGAUUAUCGAAAGCAAUGGGAUACAACAGCCGUUUCUUUGGAUGUCAUCGAACGCGAUCCAAAUCCUAAAAAUAACAGCGAUAUUAUUUAUUGGGAAAUGUAUUGGCCGAAACUUUUUGCUAAUAGAGACUACGUUUUUAAACGUCGUUAUCUCAUUGAUACCGAUUCGAAAAUAUUACUUCUCGUAAGUAAAUGUACGGAACAUCCAAAGCGUCCCAUCACAGUUGAAAAGUAUCGUGUUUCCGAUUACAAUUCGCACAUGAUUAUUCGACCGCACAAAGACUUUUUUUCCCCGGGUAUUGAAUUUGCUUUAACUUAUUAUGAUAAUCCGGGCGUAAACAUCCCAGCGGCCGUAACCGCUUGGGUAGCGUACAGAGCCAUGCCUGAGUUUUUAACAAAAUUACGAGUCGCCGCCAGGGAUUACCAAAAAUAUUGUGAUGAAAAACUGAUUUCGAGACGAUGCGAUUUAAAACAAAUUGUCGAAGAGGAAAUUGUUGCAAAAGAAAGCUAUUUGAAGUCAUUAAAAUCUGCUUCGAGUCAAGUCGUUCUCUUAAAAGAUAAGAAAAAAAUCGAAGAGAAACAAACGUUAGAAAUGGGAAUACAAAUACAGGAGAGAAUUCCUGGAGUUGAUAUUAUGACCUCUCCAACUCCAAUCGUUCAAGCGGAAGUGUCUAAACAUAAUUAUUGGAAGUAUUUACAGCCUACGUAUUAUUUUAGUUAGUGAUUUUUUUUAGUAGCAGAGGAUGAUUAAAUAAAAAGAGAAAUGGUGUGUUUUAGUCUCGAAAAAGUUUUUAGAACAGAAAAAAUAAAAGGUUGAAAAGACUGACGUUUGAUGACGAUUUUGUUGAGAUCUGGGCGCAAUAAAUGUACCAAAGUCAGGCUAA